CACCGUCAGAGCGGAGCGAGUGUCCUAUAACCUGGACAUCUAAAUUCACGCUCUCUCUCUCUCUCUCUCUUUCUGCCACAGGAUGCCUCUCCUCCAUGGUGUCCUCUCUCAGGUCCUCAGCUGGUCGGUCGUCUGUCAGGUCCUGUUUCUGGUUGGGACUGGAUUAGGAGCUGUGAUUGCAGUGUGGACGGCGAGGUUGUUGGUGCGACACGCAUGGUACACACACAGGCUGUCCUGUUUCAGCAAACCACAUGCAAACUCGUGGCUUUUAGGCCACCUGGGCCAGAUGCAGAACACAGAGGAAGGCCUCCUGCAGGUGGAUGAGCUGGUGCAGACGUACACACACUCAUGUAGCUGGUUCCUCGGCCCUUUCUAUCACCUCGUCAGGCUCUUCCACCCUGACUACGUCAAACCUCUGCUGAUGGCACCUGCCAGCAUCACAGUGAAAGAUGAGCUUAUCUAUGGCCAUCUACGUCCAUGGCUUGGACAGAGUCUGUUGCUAAGCAAUGGGGAGGAGUGGUUUCGCAGGAGACGGCUGCUGACUCCAGCUUUUCAUUUUGACAUUCUGAAGAACUACGUUGCCAUGUUCAACACCUCAACUAACACCAUGCAUGACAAGUGGCGCCACCUGGUGGCAGAAGGCACAACUACUAUAGAGAUGUUUGACCACGUCACCCUGAUGACACUGGACAGUUUGCUGAAAUGUGCCUUUAGCUACAACAGCAACUGUCAGGAGUCGACCAGUGAGUAUGUGUCAGCCAUUGUGGAGCUGAGUGACCUCAUAAUAGACCGUCGGCAAAAGAUUUUACACCACUGGGACUGGAUUUACUGGAAAACACAGCAGGGAAAGCGAUUCAAAAAGGCCUUAAGCAUUGUGCACAGGUUUACCAGGGAAGUGGUUCAGAAGCGCCGUGCCCUGAUCAGCCAGCAGAGGGAGACAGACACAGAUUUAAACCCAGCACCACAGAGAAAGAAAGACUUUGUGGACAUCAUACUGCUGUCAAAGGAUGAGGAUGGACAAGGUCUAACAGAUGAGGAGAUACAGGCUGAGGCCAACACCUUUAUGUUUGCAGGUCAUGACACAACUGCCAGUGCAAUUUGCUGGACGCUGUACAAUUUAGCACGCCACGAACACUAUCAGGAGAGAUGCAGACAGGAAGUGACAGAGCUGAUGCAAGGCCGAGAUGGACGUGAAAUAGAGUGGGAGGAUCUGUCCAAUCUUCCCUUCACCACCAUGUGCAUCAGAGAGUCUCUCAGGCUGCACUCUCCUGUGCAGGCUGUAACAAGGAGGUACACCCAGGAUAUGGUGCUGCCCGGGGAUUGCAUAGUACCAACGGGUGCCAUCUGCUUGGUCAGUAUUUAUGGAACACACCACAACCCUGCUGUUUGGACAAACCCACAUGAGUUUAAUCCUCUGCGUUUUGACCCUACAAACAAAGAGGACGUGGCUUCUCAUGCCUUCAUCCCCUUUUCCUCGGGUCCCAGGAACUGCAUUGGCCAGAAAUUCGCCCUCGCAGAGCUCCGAGUCGUUGUGGCGUUGACCCUGCUCAGGUUUCGUCUGACCCUGGGGAUCAACCCUAAACUUGGUACCAGCUCUGGGGGAGUUCGCCGUCUCCCCCAGCUCGUCCUGCGUGUGGAGGGAGGUUUGUGGCUGCAGGUGGAGCCACGCCAGCUGGACGAGUUGCAGGAUGAAUGAUCCAACAAGGCGCCUAAAAAAAACAGCUUUGUUCUAUUCUUGUUCCUGGAUUUAUGUUGGUUUCAUUGUUUCUAAAUGCAUUUGUGAUAUUUGUUUUCUACAUAUUAAUUUGUUAGGCUACAUGUUUCUUUUACAAGCACAUUUAAAAUGACCAUAAUACAAUCUAAUGUAACGCUGUAAUGUUUUAAUGACAUGACUCUGCAAAGUUUGAUUGAUUAAAUCCUGAGUUUAAAAACUCAUCCCCCAGUUAAAUCACAGUUUCAGGACCAAAAGAAACAAACCAAUUAUAUGGGACCUGGGCUAGAACUGCCAGGUCAAGCCAGGGCCCAAAUUUCAGGCCUGUGCGUUACUCUUCAUUACUUACUCUUUAUACUCUGUUAAAGGAAUUAAGCAUAUUAAUUAAGGGUCUGUAACAUAGACACAAUCUGUGGUAACACAGUUCUGCACGUGAUUUGAUUGAAGGAAUCUUAAUGAGAAAAUUCCUGUGGGGACAAAUGAUGCAUCUAUUGCUGAUUUUAGCUUACAUUGUCAUUGGAAACAGUGUUGUUUUGAGGUUUUCUGGCUGCAGCAACACCCUCUUGUUCUUGUCCUAUUUCUUUAUUAAUAUUGUAUUGCUUUAAUAAUAAAUAUAUGAAUAUUAAGUCAA